AAUCCAGUGGGGGUGGGACUGGUCAGUGGCUGGGGUCAACCUAGGAUUUGGCAAGCGGAGUGCUCCUUCCGAGUUUGAUUUGUACUCUGAAGUGCGUUCUUACCAGCGAUUAAUGAUUGGAAGUUUGAUUUUAAUCAUUAAUGUAGGAAACUUUUUUUUCCUUACAGAUGGGAUCUUCAUCAUCUUUUGGUGAUUGUUUUAAUUGUGACCGUGAAUUUCUUGUUACUCGAGCUAGGUGGAAACUCACCUUUCAACUUAAUUGUAAACAGGUGGCCAGAGCUAUUCAGUUGCGAUAGUACAAUUAUUUCACAGGGAAACAGUUCUCUUCAUUCCCAUGGCCUUCGUCAUCUGAAGAAAUACUUACUUGAUUUUUUUUUUUUCCCCAAUCAGAGGAGUAUAGCUGUGACUAUGGAUCUGGCAGAUUCUUUAUCCUUUGUGGAAUUGGAGGAAUUAUUAGCUGUGGCACAACACAUACAGCAUUGGUUCCUCUAGAUCUGGUUAAAUGCAGAAUGCAGGUGGACCCCCAGAAGUAUAAAGGCAUAUUUAAUGGAUUCUCAGUUACACUUAAAGAGGAUGGUGUUCGUGGUUUGGCUAAAGGAUGGGCUCCAACUUUCAUUGGCUACUCUAUGCAGGGGCUCUGCAAAUUUGGCUUUUAUGAAGUCUUCAAAGUCUUUUAUAGCAACAUGCUUGGAGAGGAAAACACCUAUCUCUGGCGCACAUCACUGUAUUUGGCCGCCUCUGCCAGUGCUGAAUUCUUUGCUGACAUUGCCCUGGCUCCUAUGGAAGCUGCUAAGGUUCGAAUUCAAACCCAACCAGGUUAUGCCAACACUCUAAGGGAUGCAGCUCCCAAAAUGUAUAAGGAAGAAGGCUUAAAUGCAUUCUACAAGGGGGUUGCUCCUCUGUGGAUGAGACAGAUACCAUACACCAUGAUGAAGUUCGCCUGCUUUGAACGUACUGUUGAAGCAUUGUACAAGUUUGUGGUUCCUAAGCCCCGAAGUGAAUGUACCAAGGGAGAGCAGCUGAUUGUAACAUUUGUGGCAGGUUACAUAGCUGGAGUCUUCUGUGCAAUUGUUUCUCACCCUGCUGAUUCUGUGGUGUCUGUGUUGAAUAAAGAGAAGGGUAGCACUGCUACUCAGGUCCUCCAGAGACUUGGAUUUAAAGGUGUGUGGAAGGGACUCUUUGCCCGUAUCAUCAUGAUUGGCACUCUGACUGCACUACAGUGGUUCAUCUAUGACUCCGUGAAGGUCUACUUCAGGCUCCCUCGCCCUCCUCCACCUGAGAUGCCAGAGUCUCUGAAGAAGAAGCUUGGAUUAACUGAGUAGAUAGAUCGAUGCACAUAUGGACUGAAUCUGCUUUUGGUCAGUGUUGACGGAAGUGCUAAAGGAACUUUUAUAUAUUUGACAGUGUAGGAAAUCGUCUAUUCCUGAUAUAAUUACUGUAGUACUCUUGCUUAAGGCACGAGUUUCAAAUUUGCUGUUGAAAUAAAUCCAAUUGGUCAUGA